AUGGCACCAUAUAUUCCCCUGGGCGGAGACGGAUACUCCAAUGACAAAGAAGCAUCCGCAACAUGCUACUGCGGCGCCGUGCAGAUUGCCGUUCCCAUCGAAGGCGAUGGCCUCGUCGAUACCUUCCUCUGUAACUGCACCGACUGCCGCAAGAUCACCGCCUCGAUGUUCGCCUCCAACUUCAUCGUCAAGGACUCUGCGAUGAAGCACAACCGCGGCGAGGACAAGCUUACCAAAUUCUCUCAAGCCGACACGAUCGCGACGGGCAACAACAUGACCAACUUCUUCUGCUCUGUUUGCGGGACCUUGAUGUAUCGACGUAGCUCUGGUUUCCCGGGCAUGAGCAUCCCACGAAUCGGGACCAUCGACGACUUCAACCUGCAUGAGACGAAGUUCAAGCCGCGGGUUGAGCAGUUUGGGAAGGAUCGAGUGUGCUGGUUGAAGGGAGGGGAGGGGGUAGAGCAGUACGUGGGUAACUUUUAUGGUGGUGAGGAGAAGAAGGCGGAAUGA